AAUUUGAUUUGUAAAAGUGUAUGUACAAAACCAUAGACACAGCAUUUUGUUCAUUGUUUGGGUAUCUAACAAUCUUACAAAAAGAUAGUUUAAUCUAUUAUAAUGUCUGAAGGUACUAGUAAGGAACCACAAAAAACUCCAAUGGUUUACAUUUGUGGAGAGUGCCACAAUGAAAACGAAAUUAGACCUAGAGAUCCAAUUAGGUGCAGAGAAUGUGGUUACAGAAUAAUGUACAAGAAACGAACCAAAAGAUUGGUGGUCUUUGAUGCAAGAUGAACAUCCCCGUAACACACAUGUAUAUAGUUAUUAGUUGACUUAUUUGGUAUUUUUUAACAAAUAUAAAUUGGAUUGUUUGAUUGCCAUUCCUUUAUAAUAAAAAAUUUACAACUA